ACGGUAUGCGGAAAAAAGCACAAUUUAGAUGUUGCUGAACGAAUUUACAGUCACGCGCCAGUGCUUUGACAGGCAGUGUGUGAUUGUCCGUUUCAUUACUAGUUACCCGAGUAGAUAUUCACUCUUCUGAACAAUUUAUUUUGUGGCAUGUCGAGCACAAACUGAUAAGAUAGGAGGCUAAAUGCCAGACGUUGGAAAGUGUGUCAUUAAUUGAAGUGUUGACCGUUUCCAGUAAACAUCUCAAGUCAACAAGUCCGCUGACGAUGGCCAGCAGGAAUGCCAGUGAGAACACCCCUCUUUUGGACAGCAGCUCUGUGUGCAGGACUGUGUCAGUGUUCCAGGGCAGAAGACUGGCGUGUGCAACGAUUCUGCUUGCAGAAUCAUUGGAACGAGUCGCAUUCUAUGGCAUCACUUCCAACCUGGUUCUUUUCCUUAACAGUAGCCCAUUUUAUUGGGAUGGGACUGAGGCCAGCCAGGCCCCCCUGAUGUUCAUGGGGGUUACAUACCUGAUCUCACCAUUUGGUGGCUGGCUGGCUGAUGCAUAUCUGGGCAAGUUCUGGACCAUUGCUGGCAGUUUGAUUCUAUACUUCCUUGGCAUGCUGUUUUUCCCAUUUAUCACAUAUGACUACUCCAGGAAUGCCCUAUGUGGUGAUGAAAUUGCAUUUCCAGUGCAACCUGCAGAGUGUUUGAGCUCAAACAGUACUCCUCCAAGCAAUGUGACCUGCCCCACACGGGCACCUUACUGUGGGCCAGUGAUCUACAUAGGCCUUGUUCUCAUCGCCCUAGGUGUAGGAACAGUAAAGUCCAACAUCACUCCAUUUGGGGCCGACCAGGUAAAAGAUCGUGGCCCAGAGGCCACUCGCAGGUUCUUCAACUGGUUCUACUGGUGCAUCAACCUGGGUGCCAUCUUGUCCCUGGGUGGUGUGGCCUACAUCCAGCAGAACAUCAACUUCCAAUUGGGGUACAUAAUUCCAGCUGUGUGCCUGGGUGUCUCUUUCCUGGUGUUCCUGCUGGGGCGCACAGUCUUCAUCAACAAGCCUGCUGACGGUAGUGCCUUCACUGACCUGUUCAAGAUCCUGGUUUAUGCCUUCUGCAACACACAGCCCAAAGAGCCCAACCUGCUACGGGCUAAGCCAACCAUGCUUGAUGGAGCUAAGGUGACUUAUGGAGGGAGAUUCCCUGAGGAGAAAGUGGAGGAGGUGAAAGCACUGCUGAAAAUUCUUCCAGUGUUCUUUGCUCUUAUCCCAUACUGGACUGUGUACUUUCAGAUGCAGACAACAUAUUUCCUCCAGAGCCUACAUUUAAGGAUUCCUGACACCAGCACAGGCACCAACAGCAGCGCCGGCACCGACCAGAUCACGUUCCGCUUCCCUGCCGCCUGGCUGACAAUGUUCGACGCAGUGCUUAUUCUCAUGCUGAUCCCUCUUAAGGACAAAGUGGUGGACCCCAUCCUCAAACGCAGAGGCCUGCUGCCCUCCUCCCUCAAGAGGAUCGCAGUGGGGAUGUUCUUCGUUAUGUGUUCAGCUGUGGCGGCUGGUAUACUGGAGACAAAACGACUUGAGAUCAUCAAGUCUAAUGGCACAUUCGACCAGGUCUUUGGCGACGUCAUCUACUACGCAGCAGAUCUGCCAAUAUGGUGGCAGGUACCUCAGUAUGUGCUCAUUGGAAUCAGUGAAAUCUUUGCCAGCAUCGCAGGUCUGGAGUUUGCCUACUUAGCUGCCCCCAGGUCCAUGCAGAGUGCCAUCAUGGGGCUGUUCUUCUUCUUCUCUGGGAUUGGCUCCUUCGUGGGUUCCGGCCUACUGUCCAUAGUCUCCCUCAAGGGGAUUGGCUGGAUGUCCUCCCACAAGGAUUUUGGUAACAUCAAUGACUCCCAGCUCAACUACUACUUCUUCCUGCUAGCGGGGAUCCAGGGCCUCACCCUGCUGGUCUUCCUCAUCGUGUCGGUCAAGUACGACAAACAGAAGAGUAGUAGAGCAGGAAGUCAGAGGCAGGGUAUCACUUCGUCUUGGUCCCAUGACUGACCCCUGUCCAUCUGACCUCACCCUACCUGCCUUAGUUUGUAGUAGUUAGUGCCAGAACACCUGCCUGAUUUGGUACUGGACUCCCUAAAAACAUGACACUUCAAUACAGCUAUUACUUUUCGAAGCAGGUUAAGAGAGCAUUUUAUCCAACUCUAACCCUUUUCCUAACCUUAACCUAAUUCUCCUAACCUGCUAUGUUAAUUCUCCUAACCCGUUGUUUUUAGGGAAUCUUGAUUUGGUACCGGAUAGAGUUUGUUAUUUUUACUUAAUGGGUUUGUAAGACUAUUACAUUUUCAAAGCAAAAAAAUAUUUUUACCGUACACUCGCACAUCCCUCACAUGUGAUCAAGUUCAUCUUAAUGUAUAUUUCUUGUACAGUACCUUAUUUAAAACAUCAUUACUGUGUUUGAUCAGGGUUCCCUUGAAUAUGAAUGGUGUAAUGUUCAAUAAUUUAAACCAAUUAUUUAAUGUAAACUGAUCAAAUUAAUUCCAAAUAGCUCACUCCUAUUGUCAGAUAAGUAAGCAUUACACAACUGUGGCCUUUUCACUGGUGCCAUAGAUCAAUGAACAAUUUAAAACAAGGCACACCAUUUUGAGAAACUUUGGGGCUUCAUCAACUGACUGAUCAGGUUUGUACUCUUGUUUGUUUUCUUUGAUCAUUUGCACGAGAGGAAUUGUGCCAUAUUCACACUGUAUUGGACAUUAUUCAAUUGUGAUUAGGGACUUGGUGUUUGCUAUAUUACUUGUAUAAACUUGUUUCUGAUUGGCAUGUAUAGAUUAAAUAUAACUUUUUUGUUUUGUUUUUUUGCUAACCAUUAUUUUCACUUACUGUAUGUGUUUUCAAUAUGGAGCUAUGUUUUCAGUCUAAUUUUGAUGUCAUACUGUUGCUUAUACACUGAGUGUACAAAACAUUAGGAACACCUUCCAAAUAUUGAGUUGCACCCCCUUUUGCCCUCAGAACACCCUCAAUUCUGGACUCUACAAGGUGUCAAAAGUGUGCCACAUGUUGACUCUAAUACUUCCCACAGUUGUCAAGUUGGCUGGAUAUCCUUUGGGAGGUGGACCAUUCUUGACACACAGGGGACUGUAUCAAACACAAACAUUUUUUGUACACUGUGUAUACAUACACUUUGUCUUUUAGCCGUUGAUCUAGAGUUACUUAAAUAUCAAAUCUAUUUCUUUAAUUAAACGUGCCUGCUAAAUCCAUGAAUAACGUUUAGACUACUACUUUUCGACUAUGUAAUGAUUUAAUCAAACUUUAAUAUGACUACAAAAAAAUAAUGACAAAUGUAUAUAUUGCCAGUUGGUUCAACUUGAAAACCAUUUUGGUAUAUUUACCGUCAUCAUUUACUCAGAAUAAUCAUCCCUAGCCAGCAAUGGCACAAUGUCGUGUUAUUCUGUGAUUGCUGCAGCAGAAAACUCCGUGAAUUGUAUCGUGAAAGUAAAUGUUUUCAUUAAGUCGACAUUAGUUCAGACUGAACCAUAAUUUUAGAGUUACCGGUUUCUUUAUGCACUUGGGGUGACGGUUAAGAUGAAAAUGUUAAUUUGCAGUAUUAGUCUGACUGUUGACAAUGCCUAGCCUCAGAUUUGGAUGUGUUAAUGGAUGUCUGUAGUCACCACAUGGUGUCCUUAUGGACUUUUACAUACUGUAGCUUUUGGGGGUUGUGACUAAUGUGUACUUAUCAUAUGGUAGACAAAGUUCAGAGCACUCCAUGUAGUUGGUAUAUUUCACCCCAGUCAAAGCUCUUUAAUUGUUGACUCUGGCACUACAAAACUAUGUAUGUUCGGUUAAAUAGCGAGAUCCACAAUGUGUUUUUUUUCCUUUACCUGACAAGUGAUCGUUUAGGAGCGAUCUGCAGGUUUGCUUUACCUACAGUAGACCUAAGUGCAAAACGUUCAAGCUGAAAGUAAGGUAUUUUACAAACCAAAAUCUACUCAGGGUUCAAGGGAGGUAGAAUAAUUGAAUUAUUAAAGAAUACCAAUACAAUUGUUUAGAAGAGUUAGUAAACUGACUUUGAGAUCUCAUGAAGUACAGUUGUUUACAGAUUCUCAGGUUGGUGGCUUGAAUUGACCUUUUUAGCUAACACAUUGAAACCAUUUACUAACUUAUUGACAAUGGCUGAAAACAUUAUUUUGGCUGUUUUAUUAUAGUGUUUGUUGGAUGAAUGGUGGUUCUUUUUUGUGUCAACUUAACAGCUUUUGAAGAAACAUUUUCUGAAAAUGUAUUCUGUUUUAAUUAUGCUGGAGCAUUGGUAUUUAGAAUGUUUUUUUUGUGGGGUUAUUUUUGCUAAUAAAAUAUUUAAAUCGGUCUUUUCUACAUUCGACUCUAAAGGCAACACUUUGUUUGUGAUUGCUUAUCCUUUAGGACUUGUAAUGAUUGACGUCUAUUUUAAAGAUGGGUAAAUAACAAACCAUAAGCAUUUUAGUCAUUGAUGCUGUAUGUUUUACAACUGUAUUUUAACUGUUAUGGUAGCAUGAGCAUUAGCAUAUAUUUGCCAUAGUCAGGGUUAUAUUAUUUAUCGAUUACGGUAAGCCUCUUCCAGUCCUUUGUUACCCUGUUAUUCCUCUUAGACAUGGGAGACACCCGCUGGCAGGUUGGCAUAGAGUAGUUUGCAUAACACAGAGCUCUUAUUGUGACUCAUGGGUGAAAUUUAGCAUUUCCAGUGAGGCGAAUGCAUGUUUCAUCAGACUGGGAUUGAAAUUGGCACGUCCCCACAAAUCAUGUGUUAAUGCUUAGGCCUUACAGCCGAGGCAACAACUCCGGGCUGUUUCCUGUAUAGUAAAUUAGAUGGAGUCUGGUGGUUGGAUUCAGACCACACAAGCGUGUCAGAACAGACAGCUUGAUGUUUGAACUUAACACAAUGCCUCCAGGUUAUAGCUGUGUGGCCGCUUCUUUCUGACAAGAUUACUUUUUGGCAGAUAUGAGUGGUUAUGGAGGAAGUCUUGAAGGGCAAUAACAUUGAAAAAUACUGAGUAAUUGAGAUAUUGCUUUUGAGGUUCUGGGUUUAGGUCAGAUUUAUAGACCAGGCUUUACAAAGCAAUAGAGUUGGCGUGCUGUAAGCUAUUUAUGAGUCAAUUGUUUCUGUGUAUUUCUAUUCAUUAUCUAGACCAGGUAUUCCCAAACUGGGGUACGCCAAAUAAAAAUGUGAAUCACAUUUUUAAAAAACAUUUACAUAUUUGUUUUCUUCACAUUUUCAAACAACGGGGCUGUACAUUUGGGUGAUAAUUUUUUUUUAAAUAUAUUUUUUUAAUUUCUCACCGGAGUAGCCUCGUUUCACUACCAAGAAUAAAAUUAAACAAUCUAUUGUUCAGCGAAAUAACAACUCAAUGUCAAAUAACUCAAUGCCCUUACACGGCACACCAUAAUUACGCAUUCCUGCACCUGUCUCCCAAAUCAUUUAUGCCAGCGUGACAUAUCUGUAGUUGCUACAUCUACUUUUGUACUUGUAAAUUGUACACUGCUCAAAAAAAUAAAGGGAACACUAA